UUGGUUCCAGAAACAACGCGAGGGGGAACUCGAAGAAGAAGAAAAAGAAGAAGAAGAAGAAGAAAGGCAAUCAAAGUCAGUAAAAUCCAAGAUGGGGAAGCAGCCGGUGAGGAUGAAGGCCGUGGUGUACGCUCUGUCUCCUUUCCAGCAGAAGGUGAUGCCCGGCCUUUGGAAGGAUCUUCCCAGUAAGAUCAGCCACAAGGUCUCUGACAACUGGAUUAGCGCCACUCUCCUUCUUGGUCCCCUUAUCGGCACAUACACGUAUGUCCAGAACUACAAGGAAAAGGAGAAGUUGGCUCAUCGAUAUUAAGGCAAUGCCUUGUAGCCAAGAGCUGUCUAUUUUUGUUUUGGAGUUUAUAUUUUUCUUUCUUCUACAUGCAAAUAAUCUGUGUUACUUGAUCAACUAAACUUGUGAUCAUCAAAAUAUUGAUACUGUUUCUUCCGUAGGACAAAAGAAAUUUAAAUUUGUUGCUAAUCUUGGUUUAAACUAUUGUGGGUUUAUCCGAGAUUUGAUGGUCAGAUGUCUGUGUUUUAUCAUUUUCAUGCCCGAAGUUGAAAGUUGAUGUCUAAAGUCAGUGACUUUGGAUUACACAACAGUGAAUUGUAAAAGCAGUUGUUGAUUCAUAAUCUGGCCCGUGCUCGGAAUUGGCCUGUAACUA